AUGACUGCUGCCGCUGGGGAGGGGUCCGGUGCAGCAACGUCACCGGCCAUGUGGUCGGGCUCUAUCUCGGAGCCCCGACUGCCCCCCUGCGAUUUGGGCGAUUCUGAUGAUGAUGGCAUCCUUGGUACUGGCUCGGCCUCCUACGAUGACCCAAUAUUCCAGUGCUCGGGUGGAGCAUUUCUUGAAGGCCAGCUCGGUAAUCUUUCCAACCUUCAGUAUCUCAACCUCUCCAACACUGGCAUGCACUCCUCGGAUGUAUCAUGGAUAGCACAUCUACCGCGGUUACGCAUUACCAACCUCGGAAAACUUUACAAUUUGAAUCUCGCAGGCAAUGGUUUAUCAGGAGCUAUACCUUGUCAUUUGUCAAAUUUGACUGCGAUGGCAGGAAAUGGUGAGAACGAUGACUCUGGCGAUCAAGAUUGGUACUUUGAUGGAUCCCUAAGUUUGUUACCUGUGACCACAAAGGGCCAAGAACUUUAUUAUUAUUUUGCACUUUCCAGCAUGGUGAACAUUGACCUGUCAUCGAACUACUUAACUGGUGGAAUUCCAGAGGAAAUGACUUAA